AGUGUAGUUUUACUGCAGCACCACUGAGAGAGCGUGUGUGAGCUUCCGCUGCUUUAUGCUGGUUCUCAGUAGUUCAUUUUGCGGACUAUUCGCUUAUUAUUGUUAUUAUUUGUAAAUCCUGUGCAGAACUGGUUUAUAUACAGGUUCAUACUGUUGAUUGCGGGUAUUCAGGCUGAGCUCAUGAACGAUGUCUGCCAUGUUUGAGGGGAACGCGGUGUCAGCGCUGCAGACUCACUGCCACACUCCGACUAACUACAGCCCCCAGGAACUGGCUUUGGAAAUAAAAGCAUUCAUCAGUGGUAUUGACCAGACGCAAGGACGUAAGCUCAGCGUUCGUGAUCAUGCCCGCUGCGCUGUGCGUCUCCUCCGCACUGUCCCAGCAUGUCGAGGGGCAGUCUUGGAGCACUUGCGGGGUGUUUACGAUGAGUAUGUAGCAGCUUUUUUCCAAGACCUUGAGGCAGAAAGUGACAAUGGGAGUAACGCCACUACUGGAGGGUCCAACAGUAAUGUGUCAAACCUGGAGGAUGUGAUUAAAGAGAUUCAUGCAGUGCUGCUGGAGUUCAUUAGAUUAAACCCGAAGGCAUGGGCUCCACUGGUGUCUUCCUGGGCAGUAGAUUUACUCGGCCAGCUCAGCAGUAAACAUGCAGGCAGAAGAGCAGCCCCUCACUCCUCCAGCCUGAACGAGCUCCUUCAGCUGUGGAUGUCAUGUGCAGCCACUCGAUCCCUCAUGGAGUGCUAUUCCCAGUGUCUUGCAGCAAUGUUGGCCUGGUGCCCUGAUGCAUGUGUGGAUGCAUUGUUGGAUACAUCUGUGCAGCACUCUCCUCAUUUUGACUGGGUGGUUGCUCAUAUUGGCUCUGCUUUCCCAGGUACCAUAAUUAGCAGAGUACUGGCUUGUGGACUUAAGGACUUUUAUGCACAUGGGUAUACUUCAGGAGACAAAGGAAGUCAGCAGCCAUCAAUAGACAAAAGCAGUCGAGUACCCAAAAUAGGGUCUGUGGUGGGCAUUCUUGGGCACUUGGCCUCCAGGCACUCUGACAGCAUUAAGAAAGAGCUCCUCCGGAUGUUCCAGGAUAGUUUGUCUCCUCCACCACAAAAUGCACCUCCCUCUUCUGGGGCUGCAGGAUGGGAGAGCUCCCCUCAACUCCGCAGGGCCACUGUGCCUUUCCUGCUGCAGCUAGCUGCCCUCUCACCUACACUCCUUGGGGCUGUGUCUGCUGAACUAGUGGAGUUCCUACGACCACCUGUGCUACUCCAGCUGCAGGCUCAGUUCCAGGGAGUUCCGAGGGAGGAACUGGAGAACAUGCUGGGGUUGGCAGUUCAUCUAAUCAGUCAGAGUCCUGCAGGAGGAGCCAGAGUGCUACGCUUUCUUGCUGACACUGCCACACCAGCCUCUGUAAUCAUUUCCGGGCCCACACCCUCCCCACAUGAUGGCGUACGUGAAGCAUGUGAUCGCCUGCUUCAGAUGCUCCUACUGCAUCUUCACAAGCUAGUCUACAAUAGGCCGGAAGAUGAUGAGGCAUAUCCACGAUCAGCCUCAACCUCAGCCUCCUCCUCGUCCGCAGUGUCACGCGUAAUCCCAUUUCUUGAGGAACUACAGACACAUGUUGGUGAGCUCUGUGCCGAGACCCUUAGGUUGGAGCGGAAAAGGCACCUGUGGUUGCAUCAGCUCCUGUGUCUUCUUUCUGUGUAUGGUGGUCCUAGUGUGGCCACAGAAGCCCUGUGCCAGCUGCUUACCCAGGCCAGGAACCCAGAGGAACUUGCAUUAGCUUCGCAGCUUCACUCACCUCUCUCCUCCUCUAUCCCAGGAUUGCUUCCAGCAGCCGUGGCCCGUUGCGUUGCUCAGAUCCACACCCAGAACCUGAAUAGUAGAGAGCUAGCACAGCUCUUGAACAACCUGGCUACAGCUGUGCAGAGUCAGGAGGAGGACAGCAAAGCUGGAAGUUCACCUCACUCAUCAAUGGCAGCCCAGGUUGGAACUGCUGUUUCCAGCCACCUUCAUGAUUUCUGUCUUUUGCUCCAUCAUGGUGAUACAAUGGUAUCUAGAGCGGCUGCACGCCUUCUGUCCUGCAGCCAGCUACCAAGAGCUUGCUCACCAGCCCAUCUGUUGCUCAUCUCACGGGCUGCAGUGUCACAUUUCUUCAUAGCCCUGCGGCAGCGCGGAGAAGGAUUGAAAGUUGGAGGUCAGGGUGGUGGAGAGGCAGUGGGAUAUUCUAUGCGUUUGUUAUCCCGUCUGGCAGCUUACUCUUCAUUGACACUCAAGGCUGUCCUGCAGCAGCUUGUGGAAGGAGCUUUACACAAAGGCAACCGAGACCUUUUUGGGGGUCAUGGAGAAAGCCCUGGUGAAGAUGGACCUGUUUCACCCAGUGUAGGCCCAGAUUUGGGUGUGUCACUGCUGGACAUUAACUGUAAGUUUGGCACCACUGUUAACUUCUCAGGUAGUGUGUGGUCUGUGUUCCACGCUGGUGUGAUCGGAAAGGGACUGAAACCUCCCCGUGCUCCAUUAGUGUUUGAGCCAGAGAAGGUUAACCAGAACAUGCAGACUUUGCUCGCAGUGACAGUCCAGUGUUGCAGUUCUGGUGGAGGUGGGAACAGCAGUAAUGGUUUAGGAACAGGUACUGGCAAUGGUCGCUACAACCAGUCUGGUGAAUCGGUCUCAGACGAGCCCUCCCCCAUCAAUGCUGAAGCUGCCAAAGUUAUUGCAGUAUCUCUGGUGGAGAAUGUUUGUCCGGAUGUUGCAAAUGGUGAACUUUCAUGGCCUCCUGAGGAACACGCCAAGACCACUGUUGAACGAGACAUUCAUAUCCGUCGAUGCUUUGAAGCAAAUCCUGUGUUGUUUCACCUUCUUCGAGUGGUCGCUGCUGGACGCCCAGCUCUGUGCUACUGUUCUGCUGUUCUGAGGGGUCUCCUGGCCACACUGCUUGCCCACUGGGAGGCUUCACGAGAACCUUCUGUUCUAGAUUCACCGUGGCACCUCCAGGCAUCUUGCCUGCUAGUGUCCUGCAUGGGAGAAGGCCAGCUUCUUCCCCCAGUACUGAGCAAUAUCCAUGAGGUCUUCCAUCACCUCUCCCCAUUUGAAGUCAGACUGUUAUUGCUGGGGGUAUGGGAAUACAUGCGUGGAAACAGCCCUAUGCCACAGAAGUUCACAUUCAGUGCAGAGAAAGGAGUGUUUUUCAGAGAUUUCUCCCGGGAUGGGGAUGUGGCACGCUACAUUGCACCGAUCCACAGUGUCCUUCACAAAAACAUUGACCGACUAGGGCACCUGUGUUGGAGGUUUCAAAUAUAGCUCUCUAAUCUUUUGUAACGAGUGUAUAUUAUUCAGACCUUAGGUUAGGUUUUUUUCUCUCUUCAUAUUUUUUUCGGUACUGUUAGUCAGUGUUUAUCUCCAAAUUCUUUUCAGGAGGUAUUUUUUAGAAGUGUCAAGAGUCAAAAGAAAAAUUGGAUUUUUGGGAAGAUUUUGACCGUAAAAAUUGUAAAAGCUUUUCCAGUUGAUGUUUUUUUUUGUACUGGUAUAUAUGUAUCACAAUUAAACAUUUACUAAAAAAAUUG